AUGAGGUCAACAACAUUAAUUGCCCUUGCGGCUUCGCUACUACCCACGGAAGGACUUGUGCUCAGGAAGAGCGAGAGUAGCGCACCAAAGGUGGUUGGGUUGGAUCUGCACCGAGCAACGAUACCAUACACACGCAACAGGAGGGAUAUGCUGCGGAAGAGAGGUUCAGUGCAAGCGACUUUGGACAACUUGGAAACUUUGUACUUUGUCAACGGCUCUCUUGGAACACCAGCACAGCCUAUGCGACUCCACCUCGACACCGGAAGUAGUGAUCUCUGGGUUAACACAGCAAGUUCGACUCUCUGCCAAGGCCAAGGCACGCCAUGCUCCGUAUCCGGCACCUACUCGGCCAACGAUUCGUCAACAUACAAUUACGUCGGAAGCUGGUUCAACAUUAGUUAUGUGGACGGCUCGGGAGCGAACGGCGACUACGUUACUGACAAAUUCACCAUCGGCGGAUCUACUCUGACCGACUUCCAGUUCGGUGUCGGCUACACGAGUUCAUCGGCACAGGGUAUCCUAGGAGUCGGAUACAAGGUCAACGAAGUGCAGGUUGGGCGUGCCGGUCUAGAUUCCUACGAGAACCUGCCCGCCAAGAUGGUCUCUCAGGGCCUCAUCCAAUCUAGCGCCUUCAGCUUGUGGUUAAACGAUCUGGACGCGAGCCAGGGGAAUAUUCUUUUCGGCGGUGUCGACACGGCGCGCUACGAGGGCGAGCUCAAGACCGUACCCAUCCAGAAGGAGUCUGGCAGCUACGCCGAGUUCCUUAUCACCCUGACAAAGGUGACACUCGGCUCAAAGACGUUGGAUGAGAACAUGGCCCUCGCUGUCCUUCUCGACUCGGGUUCCAGUCUCACGUACCUCCCCGACGACAUGACGACAACAAUCUACUCCAUGGUGGGCGCGGUCUACCAGCAAGAAGAGGGUGUCGCCUUCAUCCCCUGCUCCACGGCCAACUCGGGCUCCAACAUGACCUUCACCUUUUCGGGGCAGCCCAUCACAGUACCCAUCGACGAGCUCGUGCUCGACCUCGUCGCCAUCACCGGCAAGCGCACGUCCUUUUCCAACGGCGUCGAAGCCUGCCUCUUUGGCAUUGCGCCCGCCGGCGACGGCACCAACGUCCUAGGUGACACGUUCCUGCGCUCGGCGUACGUGGUUUACGAUAUCGACAACAACGAGGUCUCGUUGGCGCAGACCAAGUUUAACGCCACGAGCACGAACGUGCUUGAGAUUGGCAAGGGUAGCGGCGCCGUGCCGUCUGCUGUUGCCGUCGCGAGCGCAGUCUCCGCCACGGACGGUAUCGUCCGCGGAGGAAAGAAUGCGGCGCCGUCGUUGGCGCCACUGGCGGCCUCCAUCUUUGCGGGAUCCGUUGCCUUUGCGACUGGGUUCUCGCUCUAUCUUUUCUAA